AUAGACUUUCUUGGGUUCCUUUCUCUAGUUUAAGCCUAGUUUAUCUCCUUAACAUCCUCUCUUCUGGAGACACAAACACACAUUUGGAGUUUGAGUUUUUAAAGAUUUAACCCAUGUUGGCAUUAUGAUUUUCACCUUGACUGUAACUACCACCUACUUUACUCAAUUGUUUCUUCAAAACUGAAAUCUUUGUCAGUGAAUGAAUGGUGGAAAAAGCUUAAACCCCAGUCUUCUUCUGCUGCCCUUGUCUGUAACUGUAACCAACUUGUUUUGUAGGAAAGUUUAGUGCUUGACUGCUUUCAUGCAACUUCAUUGAUAGAUUGAUAGCUAGGAGAGAGAUAUCUCUUUUUAAGGUGUGAGAAUAGAGAAAAAUCAUGGACUGGAAUUUGAAGACACCUUCUUGGGAUUAUAAUGCUUAUGAGCAAGAAACUAUUCCAAACAUUGGAGAUGUUGGAGGGUCUAAUAGCUAUCUGGGACAGGGGACUAGAGGAGAUUUUUCUGUUGAUUCGAAGCUGGGGAACUUGGUUGAAGGAGACAGUGUGACAGUUCCUAAAAUGAUGCUAUCGCCUUCAGGCUCGUCGAAGAGGGCACGGCCAAGACAACUUAACAAUGGAGUUCAUACAGCAAUGUGUCUUGUAGACGGGUGCAAUGCAGACCUCAGCAAUUGCAGGGAGUAUCAUAGGCGGCACAAGGUCUGCGAAGCUCACUCCAAGACACCGGAAGUUAAAAUCAAUGGUAACAAGCAGCGUUUCUGUCAGCAGUGCAGCAGGUUCCAUUCACUAGAGGAGUUUGACGAGGGAAAGAGAAGCUGCAGGAAACGACUGGAUGGACAUAAUCGUCGGAGAAGGAAGCCACAACCAGAGCCUCUAUCACAUUCUGGAAGCUUUUUCCCCGGUCAUCAAGGAACCAGAAUGUUUCAAUUUUACACUCCGCAAGCCGAUUCAUCAACUCCCAUGACAAAUCCAAUCUGGGCAGGUAUGGUCAAAACCGAGGAAGAUAAUAAGCUUUAUAACCAUCAUUCACAUUCAUCCCUGCCUGAAUACUCUUUAAGUCUUGACAAAAGAGAAAAGCAACACAGCUUCAUGAACAACACUAACCUUGUGCUGAGCAACCAAUCAGCUGCAGAACCUUCUGUAUGUCAACCGCUUCUCAACAACAUUGCUUCUUCAGCAAGCGGUGGUACCAGCAGCAGAAUGUACUAUGAUGGGUUUUCCACUCGAGUCGUCCAUUCGGAUUGUGCUCUCUCUCUUCUGUCAUCAUCAUCAACACACACCAAUAAUAUGGGUUCAGGUCUCGCUUUGCAGCCCAAUUCCAUCCCUGGAGCACAUCCUUUAGAUUCAGGCCUCCAUUAUAACAAUCAGGGUCAAAUGCUGGUUCCUAAUGUUGGUGAUGCGGAUGUCAAUUGCUUGGAAAUGUUCCAGGCACCUAAUGCCUCUCGUGGUAAUAACAGUCCUCAGACACUUCCUUUCUAUUGGGAAUAGGCACAAAAGUCCCUAUUCUUCUGAUUUCACGCUGCGCCUUGAUUCCAAAGGAACUCGACGCCUUUCGGAGAGUUACAAGCUUUGUCACUGAACUUUCUUUCAUGAAUGUUCUACUAAUAGCAUAUAGUUGGUGCUACUCUGGUCAAUUUCCUUGUCAAUCUUGCAUGUAUGCAGAGACAUUUCUUUUCAUUCAAGUGUAUCUAAUUUUAAUUCAAGUCCAGAAGGAUUAUGUUAAUUUCUUGA